AAAUUUCUGUAAUCCUAGAUUACAUCAUUUUGAAAAUCGGAUCCUCUCUCAACUUUUUCUUUCUCACUUGCAAAUAUUUAAACUAAAUUCUUUCUUGCACGAUUUGUGACAGUUUUUGUUUUCAUUUUCUUGCACUGUUGCCACAGAUCUAGUUUCAAUUCGAUGCCAUAAAUUCUCUCUCUAUGCCGAGACGAUUUGAAUCUUCGUUCCAAAAUUGUCAUUUUUUUACAACCCUAUUUCCCUCAAUAUCCUAUCUUCUAUCUACCAAAGUAUCAUCUCGAACAGGAUCUAUCUGCCAUUGUUUCGAACAAGAUUGUUUUGAAUAAGUUUGCCUUAAACCAGAAAAAAAAAGACUGUCUUCUCUUCUCCAAUUCCUCAGCUGUGUUCGGACACUCCUAGGUAGCUGUCGGUUUCCGCGAACCACCCUUUCCUCAAAAUUUUCCGAAACCUGCAUCUCCGCGGAGGUACAGAACAAAAGACAGAACUCUGAGGUCAAAAUCUGGUUAGGGUUUUGCCUCGUUUGCGUCAAUGGAUUUCGCUCGGGACGGCAACGUGGUGCAAAUAAUCACCGGCGGUGGAGGCGGAGGCGGAGGCGGAGAGAGCUGGUCCGGCGACCAAGCCGAUUGGGCGACGGAGGACGAGUACCGGUUCUGGAACAACAACAACAGCGGUGGGGACUCAGAAACGACGCCGUCGAACUCGAAUUACGAGGGGCGGUCGUCGGAGCCGCCGAGCAAAAAGUCGCGGAAUUCCUCGCAGGAAGGGAGCUCCUCGAACCGGUCGAAGGCGAUCGGGAAGAUGUUCUUCAAGACGAAGCUGUGCUGCAAGUUCAGGGCGGGGACCUGCCCUUACAUCACCAACUGCAACUUCGCCCACAGCAUCGAGGAGCUGCGGCGCCCGCCGCCCAAUUGGCAGGAGAUCGUGGCGGCCCACGAGGAGGAGAAGGCGGUGAUGAUCGAGCCGCCGAGGGAGGAGUUUCAGAUUCCCACAGUGGGGUCUACCACCUUCUCAGGGGAAAUGAUGCAGAGGUCCUACAAGGGAAGGCAUUGUAAGAAGUUUUACACGGAGGAAGGGUGCCCCUAUGGAGAUAGUUGCACCUUUCUUCACGAUGAGCAAUCGAAGAAUCGCGAGAGUGUUGCUAUAAGUUUGGGCCCUGGUGGUUACGGUGGCGGCGGCGGCGGCGGCGGCGGUGUUGGUGGUGGUGCCAGUGGUGGUAAUGGUGGUGCUAAUGCUGCUGGGAAUGGGCCUAAUUCGAAGCCCUCUAAUUGGAAAACCAGGAUUUGCAAUAAGUGGGAGAUGACAGGGUAUUGCCCCUUUGGCAAUAAGUGUCAUUUUGCUCAUGGUGCCACAGAAUUGCACAGAUAUGGAGGCGGGCUUAUGGAGGGAGAAAAUAGAGAUGCUGCUUCUGCAGUUGCUGGUGACACAAAUAAGGGAGUGCCUUCAAAAGCUUCUGCCGAUAAUGUGGUUGCAGCAGUUACUCUUGUCGCUCAUUCUGAUGUGUAUCAUAUUGGAGUCCCUUCACAAAGGCCUUCUUCCAUGGUGAUUCAGAGGCCAGGACAGAGAGCACAUCAGAAGUGGAAAGGUCCAGAUAAAAUCAGUAGGAUAUAUGGUGAUUGGAUUGAUGACAUCGAAUAGAGUUUUAAUCCCAUUCAUGGAAACGACUGAUGAGGGCUUAUGUACUAUCAAAACGCAAUAUUUUUCAUUCACAUGUUAAUUUUUCUUAAGAUCCUUAACUUCCAACGGGAAUAGCAUUUUAGAUCGUUUCAUUGAUAACUGUUUUGUAGGUUUAUGCUUGGUGGUGUAUUCACCUUCCUUAAUACGUUGAUUCUCUGGUGUCUAAAUGUAGCAACAUCUUCCCUUGUAUUUGCAUCCGAUAGUAUCCCAUAAUUUUUAUUUUAGCAAGAACUUAUUCA